AUGUCUCCAAGGAUUGGCGGAUGGUUUGCCUUAGCUUCAGUAAUAGCUAUAGCGCUACUUGGUUUUGGAAUAUAUUUAACUGUGAUUACAUUUGUCGUUUCAUUUAUUGUUGGGGUUGCAACUAUUCUGUACUUGAAUUAUGAUAGCAUGAAAAUUUUUUCUGUGGAUAUAGACUGUUUAGAUGACCCUCUUCAACCAACAAAUUUUACCAUUCAAUCUUCAAAGGUUUUGGAUCUCUUUGAAAGACAAAAUUGUAUACCAAAGUUUGAUAACAGAAUAACUGGCAGUGAAACGCUAUUGAGUGCCAAAGAGAUGUCUAAUGGAACCAUGAGACACAGUCCAAAAAAACAGGAAGAUAAGAAAACACACAGAAGAAACAAAAGUGAAACAGACUUGUCAUGGUCACCAGAUGCCCAAACAUUUGGGAAAUCAAAAUUCUAUGGCAGCUCAGAAAAUGUCAGUUGUACAAGUUUAACUGAUUUAUUUUUCGAUUUGGAGUGUUCUAUGGAAAAUAAACAAAUUUGUCGCGACAUAUUUUGUGUGGAUCCUGAGAAAGAAUAUGCAUUGCUCAGUGAAAUAUCAGAGGCUGUCCUUUAUCUUGUGGCACCUGAGGAGUCAUGGAAGUGUCAUGCUUUGAAGUUAAUACUCAUUGAUUUAUUGUCAGCAGUGGUAUUACGACCCUUGAUUAAUUUACUCAGCGAUCCUGACAAUUUAAAUAGGACUAUAAUUAAAAUGUGCUGUCGGGAUUCAUGUUUGUCGUCGGAGCUUUUUCUCCUGGUUAUAAGGUGCUGCGUAGAUGCUGAAGAGUUGGACGCUACAUUGGAGCUAGUUCAGAAGGAUAUACAGAAACUACAUUCUCGCGACAGCGCCGGCGAGUGGGAACUGCAGGAUAGGCAAAAGCUAUCAUCUCUGCAAUAUCUAACGAGGAUCAUUCAAGCUCGAAGAGCCACCUUGGGGCCACAAGAAGGUGCAACCAAUAGCAGCACGUCUGACAAAGUGCCUGAGGAGGUGAUGCGAUCUUUGAAGUUCAUAAGAGCAACAGCUGCUUGGAAAUCCAAUGCGCAGUACUUACUCGAAAUCGAGCUGAACGAAACCGACACGCCGCACAGCUCGAAAGCGGUGCUGGACAGCCUGCGCUCCUCCGCCCUGGAGCUGUGCGACCUGUACCUGGGGCCGAGCAGGCCGCCCGUGGCCGGCGCCCCCCCCCACUGGCACGCGGACCUGGUGAGGAAGAUCACGGCGGAGGGCGAGGAGUUCGCCAACGGCCCGGCGAGCUGCUUCGACGAAGUGCAGAAGUGCGUCUGCGACGCUCUCGAGGAUGAUCCUUCGUGGCAGGCGGAUUUUAUGUUGGACAACGAGCAAGACGGAUUCGACGGAAGAAAUAGUGAUGUCACUAGAAAGGAUUACAAGACGGACACGAAGAAGUACGCAGCUGACGGAAUCCCAAUAACGAGUUCUCGCCACAACCGUUCAAGAUCCGAUGUGGUCGGAAACAUCGCCCAAAGAAUGAUCAACGAAAGCGCUGGACCUUCGAGUCUAUCUGCGAAUUACUCGAAUGCCCUGUCGAUGUCUCAUUCGGAAAUCACACAGAGGGCGAAGAACGUUUACUCCCCUCUGUCUGCGUACAUCAUUGAGACUGCUCUCGUUCAAGACAAGGGACGUACGUUCGGGAUUUACGCCAUCGCCGUGACUCGUAUAUCCGACAGCGAAGUUUGGCACAUAUAUAGGCGGUACAGCGAUUUCUACGAUUUGCACAACUCCAUAAAAGAAAAGUGGCCGGAGCUGGCGAAGCUGCCGUUCCCCGCGAAGAAGGCCUUCCAGAACACAUCCAGGUCGGUGCUGGAGGGCCGCAAGGGCAUGCUGAACAACUACCUGCAGAGCCUGACGAGCAUCGCGAUGGACGCGCGAUACAUGGCGCUGCUCUCCCAGGACUACCUGGGCGGCUUCCUCAGCCCCGAGAUACAGACGGAGCGCCACGGGAAUACGAUCGACGCGCUCUUCGUGAACUCUCUACGCGCUGGUAUGAGGACCCUGAAGAAUAUGCCCGACCAGUUUGUGAACACCGUCGACGGUGUGAUGGAUGGCAUUUCCAAGGUGUUUCAAGGGAAGAGCGGCGAAAACCACUACGACGCUGUUAAAAGUGGAAACUCAUCCGACGGCCAAGACGACGGCGACGAGAGUGUCGCUCUGCGGUUGCUGGAGGAGGUCCUCGGAAUACGAGGUCUAUGGCUCAGGAGACGUCUCCUCGCGCCCGUUCGGACCUUGAUAGCGGACAGGGUGAACAAAAAAGUGUUGGAGCUGGUUUCCUCGCUAACGUCUCCCAGGAACGUAGUUCAGUACUUGAAAAAUUUUAAGCAGUGGCUGACGAGUCGCAACGGCUCCAAGCAGACGAAUCGAGACAACGCCACGAAGGCCAGGACGCGAGUUGCCGCCAAAGUGGCUCUACUGUCAGCCGCUUCCGAUGAUUUGAGGCACAUAGUUGGCACGGACGCCGCUCGGAGAGGUCUACUGACCGUCUUCGACAUGCUGCAAACGCAGGAGAUAAACAGGCGGCUGAUAUUCGUCUUGUUGGAAGCGAUUCUCAUUAAUCUGUUUCCCGACAACAAUUUUCAAGAUCUGUUCAAGAAGAUUUACUCGAAUUCGUCCCGAGUCACUGUGCCGAAGAAAACUGUUAAUCUA